AUGACACUUUCCUCCCAACAGCACGGGAUGGGCAUCCCUUCCAUUUCCAUCGUGCUUUACAAACUAAUCAAACUGCUGCACCACACAAAGUGCCAAGAUGUCACCAUUACACGCAUCGGUACCUCCGGAGGCUUAGGGAUCAAGGCUAGGUCUGCUGUGAUGACUGACAUGGCAGUGGCCUCCUCCUUCAAGCCACAGUUUGAGCAGGAUGAUGUGGUAGUUGGGAGCACUGAGCUGGACAAGUACCUCAUGGAGGAGCUACUUGCCUGCAGUAAGGAGAUUCCUGUUAUCAGCCAUACCAUGUGCACCUACGACUUCUACAAAGGUCAGGGGAGAGCAGAUGGAGCAGUGUGCUCUUUCUCCAGAGAAAAGAAGUUGCAGUAUUUGAAAAGAGCUUAUGAUGCUGGUGUAAGGAACAUGGAGAUAGAGUUGACAGCUCUGGCUGCCCUGUGCACAAUCCUGAAGCUGGUUUCACCAACCUGCAUGUUUUCCAUGCCCCACUGUUACACAAAAAUCCCUCUGAAAAUCCCACUCUGGCCUCACCAUGUCAGUAACAAGCCCUGA